CACCUCGUUCCGGUUUGGUCUGUGCUUUUUCAGGGACGGCACAACGGAACACUAAAAAAGAAAAAAGAAAAAAAUGUGACAGCGAAUCAAGGAGCGCCAUUUGAAUUUAGUUGUGAAAACUUGGGAAAAAUAAAUUUUUGUUUAGUUUCCUCUUGGUUUAACGAAACCAACAAACUUGCAGCCAACUUCAGUAGAUCAUGUCCAAUUACCAAUUGCCCGAACAAGUCAAGCUUCUUGCUCAAACCACGCAAUUAAAGGGUCUUAUGACCAUUAUUCGUGACAAGAAUACCCCUCGUGCUGAUUUCAUCUUCUAUGCUGAUCGUAUUAUUCGUCUCCUAGUUGAAGAAGGAUUGAACCAUCUACCUGUAGUGGAUAAAACUGUUAUGACUCCUACUGCAGCUGAAUACGAUGGUAUUGCUUUUGAAGGCCGUAUUUGUGGUGUCUCCAUCAUGCGUGCCGGUGAAGCUAUGGAGCAAGGUUUGCGUGAAUGUUGCAGAAGCGUGAGAAUUGGUAAGAUCUUAAUCCAACGUGAUGAAGAAACCCAUCAGCCCAAGCUUUAUUAUUCCAAGCUUCCCAAGGACAUUGCUUCUCGAUAUGUUCUCUUAUUAGACCCUAUGUUAGCCACCGGUGGUUCUGCAAUGCAAGCUGUUCAAGUUUUGUUGGAUAACAAUGUUAAGGAAGAUCAUAUUAUUUUCUUGAACUUGAUCGGUUCACCUGAAGGUAUUGAUGCUUUCGUUCAGCGUUAUCCUAAGGUUAAGAUCGUUUGUGGUGAAGUUGAUGCUGGCUUGAAUGAUGAUAAGUAUAUAAUGCCCGGCUGUGGUGAUUUUGGUUGCAGAUAUUUCGGUACAGAUUAAACAACAAAUUCAAUCCUUCCUUUGUACAAUAAUGAAUUUAUAUGCAUGUAAUCAAUAGUAAAUAGAUUGUACCGUACAUCUUGUAAUAAACCACACAUCUUUUCUUAAAAAGAGCACUUUGACGUU